AUGGGUUAUUUAAUGCCGACAAGAUUAUUAUUGUUGGUAAUAUCUAUCUAUCUAUCUAUCUAUCUAUCUAUCUAUCUAUCUAUCUAUCUAUCUCAUUCUGUUCAUAUCUAUCUAUCUCAGUAUAUGUUGAUUAUUAUUCUUGGUAAUAUCUUUUUUUUAUCUAUCUAUCUAUCUAUCUAUCUAUCUAUCUAUCUAUCUAUCUAUCUAUCUAUCUAUCUAUCUAUCUAUCUAUCUCAUAAAGGAGGUAAGUUAAGUUAUGGUAAUAAAUUAAUGUGUCGUUACGUCUCCUCCCCUCCUGUUGUUGUUGUUGUUCUUCUUCUUCUUCUUCUUCUUCUUCUUUUCUUUUGCUUUUUCGAACUUCCUCUUCUUUUUCUUCUUUUUUCCUCUUCUUUUUUUUCUUCUUUUUUCUUCCUCUUUUUGUUCUUCCUAUUCUUUUUCUUCUUCUUCUUCUUCUUCUUCUUCUUUUCUUUUGCUUUUUCUCCUUCCUCUUCUUUUUCUUCUUUUUCCUCUUCUUUUUCUUUUUUCUUCUUCUUUUUCUUCUUCUUCUUCUUCUUCUUUUCUUUUGCUUUUUCUCCUUCCUCUUCUUUUUCUUCUUUUUCCUCUUCUUUUUCUUUUUUCUUCUUCUUUUCCUUCUUCUUCUUUUUCUUUUUCUUUUCUUUUGCUUUUUCUCCUUCCUCUUCUUUUUCUUCUUUUUCCUCUUCUUUUUCUUCUUCUUUUUCUUCUUCUUCUUCUUCUUUUCUUUUGCUUUUUCUCCUUCCUCUUCUUUUGAUUCUUUUUUCCUCUUCUUCUUUUUCUUUUUUCUUCUUCUUUUUGUUCUUCCUCUUCUUUUUCUUCUCCUUCUUCUUUUUGCUCUUCUUCUUUUUGUUGUUCUUUUUCUUCUUCGUCUUUUCCGCUUCUUCUUCUUCUUCUUUUCUGCCCCUUCUCCUUCUUUUCCUUCUUCUUCUUUUCCUCUUCUUCUUUUCUUCUUCUUCUUUUUCUUUUUCACCUUUUUGCUUUCUUCUUCCUGGUCCUUUUCUUUUCUUCUUCUUCAUCUUCUUCUUUUCCGCUUCUUUUUCUUCUUCUUUUUCUUCUUUUCCUCCUCUUCUUCUUCUUUUUCUUCUUCUUCUUCUUCUUUUUCCUAUUCUUCUUCUUCUUUAUCAUAUCUAUCUAUCUAUCUAUCUAUCUAUCUAUCUUAGUGUAUUUAUUAUCUAUCUCAAUCUAUUUAUACCUAUCUCUCUCUCCUCUCUCUCUCUCUCUCUCUCUCUCUAUCUAUCUAUCUAUCUAUCUAUAUUAUCUGUUCAUUAUCUAUCUCUCUAUCUAAAUCAGUCCAUUUAUAUCUAUCUAUCUAUCUAUCUAUCUAUCUAUCUAUCUCUAUCUCUAUGUUUGUCUCAUAUGGUUCCUUAUCUAUCUAUCUAUCUAUCUAUCUCGUUUAGUUCAUCAUCUAUCUAUCUAUCUAUCUAUCUAUCUAUCUAUCUAUCUAUAAAUUGCCAAAUAUCAUUCCUUAUCUAUCUAUCUAUCUAUCUAUCUAUCUAUCUAUCUAUCUAUCUAUCUAUAAUUGUUCAUUAUCUAUCUAUCUAUCUAUCUAUCUAUCUAUCUAUCUAUCUAUCUCAUUCAGUUCAUCCAUUAUCUAUCUAUCCCAUCUCAUCUAUCUAUCUAUCUAUCUAUCUAUCUAUCUAUAAUUGUUCAUUAUCUAUCUAUCUAUCUAUCUAUCUAUCUAUCUAUAUAUAUAUAUAUAUAUAUAUAUAUAUAGGAUAA